AUAAGGACCUAGAUCAGAAUAUACUUGGUCUGAAGUCUAACAACUUUGUCGGCUUGACUUAAUUUGUUUUACACUAGAAUGAUCUACUGUUGAGUAUUGGGAGUUAUUUUUAUUGUUAGAUUAGUACUGGUAAACCGCCAAAGGAAAUACCAUAGCAUUUGUUUACUGUACAUCAUUUAUGUUUUUUUUUUUUUUUUUUUUUUGUGCAUAAUGUGUUAGUUUUAAACAGGGCAGAAAUAGAGUAGACUACUUAAAAAAAAAAAAAAAAAAUCCAACUUACAAAAUUUGAUUUCAGAAGAAAUAUACUUACCUCCUACCAAAAGGUGGCAACAGCGAUGCUUUGAAGGGGAGGGGGGAGGAUUGAGGAUUGAAGGAAGGUGCCCUUUGGCUUCUCAAACUAUAACAGUUUAUUGUUUAAAAGCUGCGUCAAAAAGAAAAAUAAAUAAAUCCUCUCCAUCGUCGAAGUAAACGGAUGAUGGACGCAGGGCAUUAUCUGUACAGGAUUGGCUGUACCAGCCCCAUGGCAGCCACUCUGGAGACCCUGAAGCAGGUCCAUCGUUGCCACCUGCUGACUGUACCCUUCGAGAAUCUGUCAAUUCAUUGCGGAGAGACUAUCCGGCUGGAACUACCCCAUAUUUUUGAGAAAAUUGUUGUGCAGCGUCGUGGAGGGUUCUGCUACGAGAAUAACAGCCUUUUUGGCUGGCUCUUGUCCCAGCUGGGUUUUGAAGUUAAGCUUUUGUCUGCUCAGGUGCGGAAUGCAUACACAGGGGUUUAUGGACCUCCCCAGGACCACCUCGUUCUCCUGGUGAAUCAGGAAGGACAAAGGUGGCUUUGUGACGUUGGCUUUGGAGCUGGAUUUCGGACACCACUCUCUCUGGAAACAGAUUUACCACAAUGCCAGGAAAAUGGAGUCUUCCGGAUUCACUGGCGGGGAGAAACCUUAAUCCUUGAGACCACUGAGAGAGAGGAACAGUUGCCACAAGGUGGAGGUAAAGAGCAGGAGAUUAAAGGAGAGGAGAGUAAGGGAGUGAGGGAGAUGAUGCUAGAUAAGGGACAAAAAGGUUGGAAGGAACUUUAUAAAUUUACAUUGGAAGCAUGUUGUCUGGAAGAUUUCAAGGAAAUGUUCACCUAUCACCAGACCUCACCCAGUUCACUCUUUUACUGCAAAUCACUGUGUUCCCUUCACUUGCCCAGCGGAAGGAUUACCUACAUAGGGCACAAGCUGAUAACCACCCAUCUCCUGGGUGAAGGGACUCGGACACAGACCAUCAUGGAGCUAUCAAACACAGAAAUCUCAGAUAUUCUAAAGGAGAGGUUUGGAAUAGAGCUUUUGUGCCCCCUGGUUCCCAAAGAUGUGGACAUAGUCCCACCAUCUAUCCUAUAUUAGCAUCUACAGUACCUGCUCAACAAGGUGUUUAACUCUUUGCAGUCCAUUUAUUCAGCGCUUGUCAGGUGCGUCAGGCCCAAUUUAUUUUCACACAGUUUAU